AUGAGUAGAUCAAUAGGAUUUAACAUCUGUGUGGUCACCUACAGCAUCCUGCUCUUGUCCUCCAGUCCACCAUGCCUUGCAUCUCAGCCACUGGAGCAGAGGGACAUGACAAAGGUCCAGCAUGGCCCCUGGGCAGGAAAUGGGGUAGAAGAUGAAAGGACAGGCAUGCUGAACUGGGAAAAUAACCUGGGCCCUUCUGAGCAGUCUGUCUCUGAAGAGCCAUGUGGAGCGUCAGCAAAGCCAUCUGGGACACCCUUAAGUGAAGCUUUCACUGCAGAAGGAGAAACACUGCCUGUAAGCCUGAGCCAUGUCAUUCCAGGUAGCCAGGGCCUGGGUGCUCACACCUCUGCUGUGACAGUGGCUGCCGUAGACGAGGAGGAGGUUGGUCCCACAAAGUCGGAGCUGGAUGAGGCUGAUGCAUUCAAGGCUAUGCUGACCACAGCUGUGACCACGCUGAACCCUGCUGUCCAGGAGGAGUCUGUUGGUGGCCCUGUUAGUGAGACCACCACAGAGAGUGGUGUUGAAGUAGGGAGCAGCUCUGCUGUCCUCUCGGCAAACCCCCUUUCUGGGACAGCUGUGGUGGCGGAGGAGGAGGUGGCAGAGAGUAGCUCGCACCCCUCAGCUGCUCCCCAGCCCAUGCUGUACCCCAGCUCUCCCAGCUGGGAAACAGCCAGUGACCACCCUGUCCUCCUGACUCUCCAGGCCCAUGGUGUGGCCUCUGAGGUGGGAACACCAAGAGCCCGCACAGGGAGCCCUCUGAAGUCCCUGGCUGUCCGAGCGUCUGUGGCUGCAAAACGUCCACUCGUGGUGACUGAGGCCUCCCCCCGCCUGGAAGCAGGGAUGGGUGUUAGGCGAGGAGAGCUGCCUGCCACAGAUGGCACUGUCACCAGCCACCCUGUGGACACCAUACCACCUGACUGGGAUGACACAAAGCUGGGGGACAUAAAUCAAGGGGGAAGCAUGUCUCAUGAGGAGGUGACAGAGGGGGCGAUAGAACCAUCCCAGACUGCACAGGGAGGUGUGGUGGAGGAAGAGGACACAACGAGGGUGCUGCCAUCCCCAGCAUCCCCUCCACCAACUCCUGGGCUUGCUGAGGAGACCAACUGCACAGUGCCGGUGCAAGGGGAGGAGUUGCCAGCAGCUUCCACAGGCAGCAGCGAUGCUCUCCAGACUGCAAACCUGACGGGUGUAGACACGGUUGGUCUUGGCUCACUGGAGAGCAUAAAUGCAGUCACAGCAGAGGAGGGGAGAAGCAUCCCACCAUCACAGCCAGAGGCUGCUGUAGUGACAGAUACACAGUCUGAUCUCUCUCCUACUCUGGAAGGCUCGUGGAAAGGUGUUACUCAGGAGGUGACAACAGUUGCCCAGGAGGCUGAUGCUGCUCUGUCAGUCAUGACAAUGGUGCCUGGUGCUACCCAGGGAACAGGAGCUGCAAGCCUUCUGCAGGAAAACAGUGGGGAGGACACCCAGAUGACGACUGCUCCUAGUGCCACUGAAGUGCUGGUGGCAGCUGGUACUUCCUCCAUGGCAAACACUCCAGAUACAGAAGAUCUCGCAGAUGUGGUCCUGGUCACCAGUGAGAAGGCUGUUCCAGCCCCUGAUGGGUUGUCUGCUACCCAGUCUGGACAGACAGAGGAGCCAUCCAGCAAAACUGUGGUCCUGGUGACUCCAGCAUCAAUGGCAUCUUCUGUCAGGAGGACAGCUCUUCCAUCAGUGAGGAAGAUCAGUACAGCUGUGACCUAUGGGCUGGACCGCCUGGAGUCAGAAGAGGGUGAGGAAGAGGAAGAGGAUGAAGAAGAGGAGGAAGAAGAAGAGGAGGAAGAGGAAGAUGAGGAGGACAAAGACAUAGAUUCGAUGGAUGAAAGCAUGGAGGGUGACACGGAGCUGCCAGGUUUCACGCUUCCAGGCGAGACCUCCCAGGAGCCCAUAGCUGGCCUGGAAAACCCUGUGGCCCAGCUGGCUGGGGUGUCCUACCAGGUUCCCGACACCAUCGAGUGGGAGCAGCAGAACCAGGGUCUGGUGAGAAGCUGGAUGGAGAAGCUGAAAGAUAAGGCAGGAUACAUGUCGGGGAUGCUGGUUCCCGUAGGAGUCGGAAUAGCCGGAGCCCUCUUUAUCCUAGGAGCACUCUACAGCAUUAAGAUUAUGAAUCGCCGAAGGAGAAAUGGCUCAAAGAGACAUAAAAGAAAGCAGAGGGAAUUUAACAGCAUGCAGGACCGAGUCAUGCUCUUAGCUGACAGCUCUGAAGAUGAAUUUUGA